AUGGGUUUUACUACUAUAGAAGAAGAAGAUCCUCUUAUUUCCACUUGUGUCCACAGCAGCAGCAGAAGAUCGAGAGUCAUGAGUUCUACUAUGGACCUGGCAGGUCGAACUACAACAUUGACAGACGAGGAGAAUCCCAGUUCUGAGGAGCGCUCCAUGUCCAGUCGCGUGAACCGAAAACUGGACAUUGCGCUUCUACCUUUUCUGUCCUUGUUGUACCUGUUUAACGGUUUAGAUCGAUCGAAUGUUGGGAAUGCGGAGACGCAAGGGUUCACAAAAGACAUCGGCGCAACUCCGGACGAUCUCAAUUUAUCGGUCUCGCUCUUCUUCAUCACAUUCGUCUUGCUUCAGCCUCCGUCGGCGGCGGUGGGGAGAUGGCUAGGUGCGAAACAUUGGAUUACUAUCAUGAUGAUCGGAUGGGGAAUCUUCACUCUAGCUCACGCUUUCAUCCGUGGCAAGAGCAGUCUCAUCGCCGUACGCCUUAUGGUCGGAGCAUUCGAAGCAGGUUUCUACCCCACAGCCAUCGCGUACCUAUCUACCUUCUACGGGCGCUACGACAUGGCUGUUCGGAUUGGUCUUUUCUACGGCCAGUACGCCAUUGCCGGCGCUUUUUCGGGGUCUAUUGCAUUCGGAAUCUUCCACCUCAACCACACACGCCUGCAUAACUGGCAGUAUCUCUUCAUUAUUGAAGGUAGCCUGACCGUCCUCGUCGCUAUACUCGCGUGGUUCUGGUUGCCGGCUGGACCGGGCUCAGCAUGGUUUCUCAGCAAUGAAGAAAAGGUUUUCGCUGUUCAGCGCAUUAUCAAAGAUAAUUCUGCGUGGACUGCGCAUGACUUUGGGCGUGAUGGUGUGGAGAGGGAGAGGCUGACGAGACGAGAUGCGAGGGAGACCGCGCGGGAUUGGAAGUUGUGGUUCUUACUCUUCUUCAAUAUCUGUGCGAGUGUGCCUAGUCAGGCAUUUUCAGUUUUCAUGCCCAUGGUGGUGCAGGGAUUGGGGUAUUCAAGUGUUGAUGCGAAUCUGAUGUCCGUACCACCCUUCGUAUGCGGCGCAGUAGGUCUCUGUCUCUUCGCCCUGAGUUCCGACCACCGCAAGGAACGCGGCUACCACAUCAUCGCUGGUAUCUUCAUCUCCCUCAUCGGCCUCGUUAUCACCGUCACCGCGCCCUCGCACUCGGCGCAAUACGCAGGUCUAUGCAUCCUCCUCUCCGGAAGCUACAUCUCUGCGCCCCUAACCGUCGCCUGGCUCAGCGGCAAUAAUCCCGAGCCAGGGAAACGCUCCCUCGUCCUUGGUGUCAAUGGCUUCGGUAAUCUCGCUGGUGUUGUUGGAGCGCAGUUGUAUCGCAAGAAAUACGCACCGAGGUAUUUGGUGCCUUUUUACGGCACCCUGGGGUUCGUGGUCGCGGCGCUGCUGGGGUAUACGGCGUAUAGAUUCAUUCUCGUGAAGGUGAAUAGGAGAAAAUUGGCGUGGAAGAGGGGGAAGAGUGCGCAGCAGGUUGAGGCGGAGAGGCUGGAUGGAACGAGGUAUGCGGAUGCGAAGAUGACAUUCUUGUAUGGGCUUUGA